UUCAAUUCUUCUAGGCUUUACAGCUGUUCAAGCUACACUAUUUCCCUCAUACGGAAAAUGUUCAUAUACAGGUGAUCCACAUCUUACUCCAUUUUCUACAACAAAUAUGUAUUUUUGUAAACAAAUUGGAUGGCAAAUACUUCUUCAAAACUCAUGGGUUAUUGUUUUUGUUAACGUUGGUCCAAGUCCAUAUGUUAUUACUGAUUAUUUUGUUGUGUUCUUGGAUGGUGUCGGAGGUGUAAAAUGUGUAUUAUGGAGUGCUAUUGGUUUGUCAACAUGUCCAGUUAGCUCAUCUAUUAUAUCAAUAGUAAGUGGAGGUGGAACAUCAUGGAGUCAUUGGUACAUAUUUUCUUCUUUCAUUAAUGUUCAAAUUACAUCUUAUCCAUGGGGAACAGGUAAACGGUAUGACUUUAUAAUACUAGAAGGAUUGAAGCGAAUAUCAACCAAUGAUUCAUAUUGAGAGGUUGCGAUAUAAUGUUGUUAUUGUUGUGUUUUGCUUGAAUAUUCGGUCGAGCUUUUAUAUGUGCAUUGAAGAGUAAAUCGAAUUUUUCAUUAUCAUAGGGCUAAUUCAAUCUUUUUUAGUAUUUUGUUGUGUUCUUGGAUGGUGUCGGAGGUGUAAAAUGUGUAUUAUGGAGUGCUAUUGG